AUGCAACAGCAGUUGGCCUCGAUCAUGCGAGAAGUACAACAGCUGAAGAUGGACAAGAUGGAAAAUUCAGCUCCGGUGCAGAAUUUAGCUUUGCCGAUGAAAACGCCGCCGAUGCCAGCUCAGCUAAAUCCAGUUCUACCGAUGUCAGCCACGCCAAAUCCAGCCCUGCAGUACGUUGAGCCUUGUGGUAUUUGUGGAGAUUUCAGCCAUGGAGCCAAUGAGUGUCAUCGAAUGAGAGAAUUUACUCCGGAAGGACAAGCUGAAGUCUAUGCGGCACAAGGAUUCCAAAGCUACAAUCAAGUGCAUAGCAGACCAUACGGCCAGAAUAUGAAUCAAGGUCCACAGAAUAUCGUUGGAGGAUGGAGAGGGGCCUUCUCAACCAUACAGACCACAAUACCAACAGCAGCAAUCCAUUGCGCAACAGAGUGCGCAGCCGAUUCCACCACAGAAAUCCACGCUCGAAGAAACGCUGCAAGCCUUUAUGGAGAUCAGCAAACAAAGUAUGGAGUCCCAAGCUUCUACAAUCAAAAGGCUGGAAACAACGGUUGGACAACUUUCCGUGGUAAGAUGGUGGAUAACAAAGUAGAUGUUCCUGCACAGACCAGAGCAGAGCAGCCGAGCUCUGCCUUUACCAGAGCAGAGCAGCCGAGCUCUACCUUUACCAGAGCAGAACAGCCGAGUUCAGCUCUGACCAGCCCGACUGAUGGAGAGAAGGCAGACCAGCAAAAGGAAGGAGAAAAGGAGAAGGAGGUCAAGCUCCACAAAGCUACUACACCUUAUCGACCACCGGUUCCUUUUCCGAACAGAUUGAGAAACGAGAAGCAGGAUCGUCAGUUCGAGGAAUUCUACAACAUGUUGGCCAAGGUAAAUGUAAAUUUGCCUUUUCUUGAUGUGAUCCGAAAUGUGCCUGCAUAUGUGAAAUUCUUCAAGGAAUUGGCAUCCAACAAAAGAAGGAUUACCCUGACUCUCGGCUUGGCUCAGCUCGGCUCCGCUUUCCAGCUCUGA